GUUGGUUGCAGCGCCCUGGCACUUCUCCCCUGGGUGCUGGUGGCCUUGGAUGCCCAGCUAAUCUGCUGGCAGGCGCUCCUCCGGUGCCACGAAGAGCCCGAGUGCGAACUUGCAUACAGUCAAUACUUAGCAGCCUGUGAGGGGAACAUCAGAGGCACGAGGAAGCAGUGCCCCAGCCACUGCAUCAACGCACUCAUACGGCUGAAUCACACGCGCAGCGGGCCGGACCUGGAGACCUGCGACUGCGCGCAGGACCCGGAGUGCCUGAGCGCCAAGCGAGCUAUCGAGCCCUGCCUUCCCCGCAGACACCCGAGCGACGCUGGGGGGAUCGGUUGCAUGGAGGCCCGGCAGCGCUGCGAGGACGACAGCAGCUGCCAGACCUCUCUUACAGCCUACUUUGUCUACUGUGGCCAGCUGUUCAACGGCAGGAAGUGCUCCUCCAAGUGCAAAGCCACCAUCCAGCAGAUGCUCUUCAUCCCAAACGGCAAGCUGCACCGCUGUGUUUGUGAUGGGGUCGAGAGGCCUUUCUGUGAAGUGGUCAAGGAGAACAUGAGCAAACUUUGCUCCAUUGGAGACCACAGUGUAUGUCAGACCAGCCUGAUGUUGAUGAUAUAUACGAGGAUGAAGACUAUGAUCCGAAAAAUGACAGAGAGGAGGUGUUUACAGAUCAUUCCUCUGCUUCACAGGGGUCAACCAUCUGCAGAGGCGUCCUGCUUCUCCCUUUAGCAUGGAUAUUGUACUGAUAUGAUUGUUUUUUAAAAACACUUGUUGGAUUUAUACAUGGAGUAUAACAGGACACCUGUUAAUUCAAAUGAGCUCGGGGUUGAAAAGUCCAAUAGCAGUUGAAAAGAAAAGGGACUUUAUUAGAGUGUCUUCAGCACAGCUUUGGCUUGUAUGCCCAGGACUCAAACUGCUGGAUGAAAGAAGCUACAGGCCUCCCAGAUUUAGUGCAGAGUGAAAGCACAGUAGUGAUCUGUGGAGGUGUUCUCAGCUAUAAUUUGCAUAUUAAUUCAUCUUUGUGCACAUCUCACUCAGGAAAAACCAACUCAGAUCUUCACACAGAUGCCUUACACUGCUCUGAGUGACUGGUUCACUUGUUGCAAAGAGUUAAGGAAGGAAAGGCUGUUGUCCCAAAUGGCAAAAAAAAAAAAAAAAAUACACU